GGCCAGAUGUCCGGGCCGCGCUGGUCCUUUGCGGUGCUCUCUGGAUAGCCGAUGCCGGAUGUCCGGCCGGGGCCAGAUGUCCGGGACAUGUCUGGAUGUCCGGCUGCUGUAGCAGCUGGCUCUUCUUCCUUCUCCUUCCUUCACUCCCGCGCACACUUGGCCUUGGUCCUUGGGCUCUCCAUGGUCUCCUCGGGUGUACCUGAGUAUGCACAAGGUCCGCGCUUGAAGUAGCAUCCAUGUCUUACAUGCAGAAAGGGAAGAUUCAGAAAGGAGCGAGUUCACCUUAGGUCCAAUGGCGUAUGCUCGAGGUCUCAACAUGUGGGCACUUGGGGCUUGGGGAGUAGUCGUAGUGUACAUGGGGAUGAUCGUAGGAUGCUCCGCAUCACAUCUUCUCCCCCCUCCCUGUUCUGUUCUUAUCUUUUCUCUCUGUAACCGUCUCCACCUCCCGUCCAUGUAGCCCGCCCCGAGUGGAAGCAGCUGCCCAUAGCCUCAGUCUGACGCCGUGGUCAUUGCCCCUCCUCAAGAAGUCAAUGGCACCAUCUGGAUCCAAGAAUCGUCCAAUGUCGACUCUGUCAAGUCCGCCGGAAGAACAACCGUCGUCCGAGCGUGCUACACCUGAGCCAGAAGAACAUCCGCGGCCCGAGCGUGCUACACCUGAGCCGGAAGAACAUCUGCGGUCUGAACAUGCUACACCUGAGGAAAGAAUUAUGUGCAAGGUUGCAUCACUCACGCAGGAGCUGGGUGGGGAUAGAUCAGAUAAACAACAUUUAAGACUUAAGGAUGCUGAAUGCAAAGAUUGAUGGCCUUCAACAGGAACUUACUCGUUCAAGUUCAAGGAGGCACAUGGGUAAUCUAUCUAAGAAUAAUGGCACACUAUUAGUCGGCGACUCAAAGGCAUGUAACUGAAAUUCAUUGAUAGAUUUAACUGCCAUCAUAUACUGUGUCUCUUUGGGUUAUGCUGCACACGGCCCAAAUUUUACCUAGCAUAGAGACAUGGCAUAAUUUGGCUUGUUCAUUAUAAUGAAUUUUCAUAUUGAUAUUUAUCAAUUUAGAUGUGUUGUGUUCUUUUGGAAGGAGGGUGCCGAAUACUCUUUCUCCUGUUGCAAUGCAUGGACAUUUUUGCUAUAGCUAAUAAAUUGUCCACCGACACAGAAACUUAAUUGAUGUAAUAUGGUGUGUCUGCAUUCACAUUUCACACUGCAUGUUUGUCCUCAUAUGUGAGCAUGUGCGGUCAUAUGCGGCUGUGGUGUAAAGCAAAUUGUUGCCAUGGAAUAGUGGUUCCAUGCUGCUAAGGUAAACUCAAUUAGUGGACCUAGAUAUAUGGAGUAGAGAAAUUCAUGCUAAGUAUUGAUCUAGAGCUUGGAUGUCUGAGCCACUAAACUUAAUUGUAAAACUGGGAACAAACUUAUAAUUUCUGCACUCCCUAUGUUACAGAAAGCAGAAUCAAGAUCUUUGUUUAGGCCCCGCUUGGGAGCUCAGUAUUUUUUAAGCAUUACAAGAAUACUUUGGUUUUCAGAAAUACUGGAGUAUUAAAUACUUUGAGGCGUUUGGCUUUAGCCAAAACUGUAGUUUUAUAUACUUGCAUAUUUAGGAAACUACACUAUUUUUGAAGUAUAUGAAAAAGAGGGCUGGACCUCUUUUUCCAAUACUAAAGUAUUGGUUCGCUAAGCAUUAGAAUACCAUGGUUUUCCAAUCCUUUAACUUUAAAAAUACUUCACUGCCAAACUAAGCAUAUAUGUUAGAUACGAUUGUUGGUAUAAUUUUUGGGGAAAUACUCGUAUCCGGCGUGCCGGCCGAACUUUCGGCCGGUCGCGCCGCUCUGGUCGCGCACAGCACAACUGCUGCAGUGCCUCACGCACACCACGUGGCCAUGGGUCCCACGCGCAAUAUCAGGCACCAACGUCCUUAUCCCAGCAACCGCACAUCCUCAUCCACUCAUCCUCUCGCCUGCCUCGCCUCCGCCUCUGGCUCGUGCCGCCGCAUCCUUGCUCCGGCGAGCCCACCACCACCUGCCCGCACUGCUCCGGCGAGCGGCCACUAUCCACCCGCCUCACGCCGAUACGGCGAGCGGCUGCCCAUCCAUCGGCGCGAGCGUGCGGCAACCAGCGCUUUGUCGCCAUGGCGCCCUCAUCUGGUUGUGCUCCUCUCCACGGCCGCCGUCGCAGAAUUUGCUACAAGCAUGUUUUUUUUUGCUGGAACCAGCCCAUGUAUUUGCUACCGCCGACCCAUCAAAAUCCUGCUACCACGUUAAUUUUGUUGGAACCGGCGAACCAUUUUGCUACAACUGUUUUUGGUUUUUGUUACUACUGGCGUUUUGCGGAUUUGUGCUACAUCUAUCUCCAUGACAUCACAUGUUUCUCCAGUCGUUUUUUGCUACAACCAUGUUAUGAUUUUGUUGGAAUUGAAGAUAAAUUUUGCUACAUCCACCCAUGGCGGUGUUUGUUCACGGCGGCAAUGGCUUUCUUCUUCGAUGGGAUCGGCAAGCAAUUUUUGAUACAAUCGGCGAGCAGUUUUGCUUCAACCAGCACCUUUUUUUGCUGGAACCUUUGGAUUUUUUGCUGGAGCCUAUGUUUUUCAGAGAUGCAAAGCAAUUUUUGAUACAACCGGGGAGAAAAUUUGCUUCAACCAAUAUCUAAUUUUGCUGGAACCAGCAAUUCCAAAGCUGCAACAACCGAAGCUUUUUUUAGCUGUGACAGGUCACCGCGGCGAACUGCGACGGCCACCGCGGCGAGGCGCGCUACAAGGUCGCCGGGGCUGCUCGAACGGUGGUUGGUGGGAGGGGGGAGGAGGAGAUUUGACCCAGCACGGUAGCGAGGGCGGCGACCCGGUUGGCGACCGACGAGAAACGUAUGGGAGGCGCUGACCACCGGCGAGGGCGGCGACCGGCGGCAGGGCGGCAAAUUACGGCGGAGGUCGAUGGGCACUCGCGCAGCCGCCUCUCACUGCGGUGUGCGGGGCUGCAAUUUUUCAGGAAGACGAUGGAGAAAAGGAACGAAGCGAGAAGACACAUCUGACGGCUAGCAGUCAUUGCAUCGUACGGUCCCAGGGCGACCGGCCGAAUCGUUUGGGCCGGUGCGCUGGCGCAGAGUAGCGCCCUAAUUUUUGUGUGGUGCUUUUCUUUUGUCAGAUUAUAUUAUGCAAACUUUCAUGAUACACAGAUAGCCGUCGCCUCUGACCUUUGCCCGUUGUACUCCCAUAGACGUCCAAGCUCUCCGCAUCCACCCCGAUACUGCACCCCACCCCUGCACGUGUCGGCUGCCAUCGCUGGUCUGCCACGAGCCCACGACGUACCCAUCUGCAUCUGCCUCGCCUUGAGGCCACAGCAGCACCCCUGCCCUCCUGCCCCUGUUGGCGAGCGCGACCCUCUACCGGUAGCGACACUGCUCCCGUGUGCUGGCCUUGCUGUCUCAUCUCCUCUCUCUCUCUCUCAUGUUUGGGUGUUAGCGAACCCUACUAGUGUGCUGGGCUGGGCCAUAUGCUGCUCGGCUUGAGCUGCACGGAGGCCUGGCAAGAAAGCAACUACAUAUACGAACGAGGCCAUCGGUAACAGACAAGUCGGCUCGGAUCAGGACGGCUUCGGCCUCAUCUGCUUCUGUCUUCCACUUCUCCUUCCUCUUCCUCUGGUGAUCUCCUCCUCCCUUGUAAUGGCGAUAGCUUGAUGAAUCCAUGGCUUGUAAUCCACAUUGAUGAGGAAUAGGUCCUUGUGAGAAGAGUGCUGCUAACAAUUGGAAUUGGUAUUCAGAGCCAAUCCCUACCACCCUUCUUCAAUUCCACCACUCAGCCCCAAUUCCAUGGAUUAGAAGGCACGACUAGUGAGCUCCAUCGAGGCGGCCGUGGAGGUGGCUGUGGAGGCGGCCGUCAAUCGGGCGGUACAGCCGGCCGUCAAGGAGAUGCGUGCCUACACCGAUGGCUCGAGGCAACGCAUCUGCGAGGAGAUCAAAGAGAGGCGCCAUGCUCGAGCGGUGGGCGUCCACAACGUCGUCGCCACCACGUCCGGCAUGCCUGCUGCGACCACCACCGAGGCCUCCAUCAAUCGCCGGGCCACUCUACGGCUCAGCAACGACCGGGGCAUGGCCGCAUCCCAUGGCACCGGCCUCGCUGCCAUGUCGCCCGCAACGUGUUCGACGCAAUGCCCAAGCCGCGCCGUCACCGGGUCAAUGUCAGCGCCCACUCCCACCGCAACAUUAGCUUCGUCCAAGGUCACCGUCAGUGUCGUCCCUGAGCGCGGCUUCUUCGACCUCGAGCUAGCGGCCGUGGCCUUCAGUCCGACCCCCAUGCUGGACAUCUCGGGCGACAGCUCAACCGUGAUGAACUCCCUCACGCACGAUGCCGUCUCCAACACCAGUUCGGCCAUGGCCUCUGUGUGUGCGUUGACAUCUACACACAUUCCCUCUGCGGUGCCUAUGGACACCGUCGACGCGAGCCCAGGCGGGGACAAUGCUACAACUCUCGUCUCUGUCGCUGUGGAGGCGUCAGCAGCAAUGGAACUCGCUCCAAGUGUGGCUGCCCCAUUGGUUUGCCUCGAUGAUCUCCACCUCAAGACGUACAUAGGUGCCAUCAGCGUGUUCCCAAGUGUUCCUAUGUCAGCGCUCUCCAGGUGUUCUACAGAAAGUUUAGACCAAGACACGAGCAUGGAAUCGCCAGAAUUUGCACUCGGUGUAUGUCCGCUCACGAGAGUAGCGUGUGCCUACUUCCACUCUAGUCUUAUGCCACCAGUUUUGAGGAGUGCUCGUGUCAAGAAGGUCAACAUGUUCCAGUUGCUCAACAGUAACGACAGCAUCAAUGUCACCAAGGAGCAGGACAAGUCACUACUAAAUGGCACAUGUCAUCGUAGCUUAGGGGCAAUAGCAGUGAUUUUAUCCAUGUUCAUGCAGCAAAUGAAUUUGAUGCUCUAUUUGUUAUUGGCAAUCUUACUACUCAGCAAUAUUUGGGUCAGUGGAGAGUUUUCAAGUCUCAACGAAGGCUCCACAAGGUACUAUCGGUAGCAGAUCACCCCAUUUCCAAUAUGAAUUACAAGUUACCACAACGGCCGUGGGAUGUAGGAAAUUGGAGUUUUGGCUGUUCAAGGUCCUACUUGUUAACUACAGGAUGUGGUAAGUGGCCACGCAGAAAUGGAAUUGACACAAGUAGCAAGCUACUUGUUACAGCUCAUGUUGGCAAUGGUUCGGCAUGCUUUCUUACUGGUAUCCGGUAUAGUUCUGAGGAAUUAUUGGCAUUGCCGUGGGAUCCUGGACAGCGAGCAAUUAAUUCAACCACGAUUAUCCAUGCUCAAGGCAGUAGUUUCAUCCAUCAGCUGGGUCUUAAUUCCUCAUAUAAACACCAGCAGCGACAAGUUUUUGCAACAAGUAGUGAACUAGUAAUAAGUCAUGGAUUAGCAUGGGUCACAUGCUUUCUUGAUGCUUGUGAAAUAUUGGGUCCUGAUUUUGAUGCUCUUGCACUUCUAACCAUUGGACCUUGGUUGAAAUACAUCUGUACGAGAGACCAAUGGAAGAUUGCUUGGUCUUUGUUGGGUUCUAAUCAUUGUCAGUGGCAGUCUGUUCCUUGGUCACCAUUCCUCUUUAUUUUGACUGAACUGCAGCCGGUCAGCGUACUUGACUAUCGCCAACAAGAGCAGCUGAAGCAUGACAGAGACUAUUGCAAUUUUCUGGCGUUCCGACCAGCUUGGCCGCCACCGAUGCGAGAAGGGGAUUCCUUGCAAUUUCUUUGGUUUGUGGUUGCUCUGGUGCAUUUCAAGGAGUGGUAUUAUAGCUUGUACCCGAACAAGUUCUGGAAUCCAAGUUAUUUUUGGUUUGGUAUUCUAGCGUCGACACUGGCAACUACUACACCGGCGGCGGCAUCAGCGAAGCUUGAGCCUGACCUCUUCACGCCACCGCCAACGACUAGCUCUGCUGUGUGCGCCAACAGACCUAAGGACAAGUGGCAAUUGUUCCUGUACCAGUUCAAUUGUCUUGACACUUUCUGUCAGCAACACACAGAACACCAUGUUGCUUUGGCUUCUGCAUAUCCUGAAAUUUGUGUCGAAGAAGUGGCCAUUGAGGAUGGUCUGUUUGGAUCUUUCGGUCAUGUUAAGAGGAUUUUUCAACCACGAUAUCUGGAAGCAUCUAAGUACUUGUCAUCGGCAGCAGAUUCAGUUCCUUACCACUGUGGACCUGUAACUGCUGGAAUGAUUUUUCCCUAUGGUUUUGUUUCUCUAUGGAAAUUUGCAUGGUCCAGCUGGAUUGACAUUUUGAGGGUGAUUCAAAACACAUCUGCAGUUUGGUCAUGCAUCUUGUGGGCACAUGUUCAUACAACAAAUUCAGUUAUAGACAAAAAUAGUCUCUCCCUACUGGAUUACUUGCUGCAAUAUUGUGAUGCUAGACAGGUGCAUCUGCUCUGAAGAAUGCUAGAUGUUCAAACGCUCCUGGAACUUGCUAGACGCAACAAACAAGCGGGAUCAAAAGGAAGGAGGAAUGUUGCAGCUCCACCCUACUGCUGCGACCAGGACCUCGACCAGGCUUACUAUUUCAACCAAGUCUAUGUUAACCAACACUACUACCUCGACGCUUCCUGCGACCAAGUGAAAACCAGCAACGACUACUUCCUUGAGCAAGUCGGCUUCAUCUGCUACCCCAACCUCGCCAGGCUUCGCCUCAACUACGGCACCCACCGCAACCUCGGCGAAGUCAUGAAGCAUCAAGUACCAUGGGAUCCAGGAGGUUCGCCAUGGCAUCAGCUUGAGGUCAAGCUGAAUUUUAAGGAGUGGGGAAUGUUAGUGAACCCUACUAGUGUGCUGGGCUGGGCCAUAUGCUGCUCGGCUUGAGCUCCACGGAGACCUGGCAAGAAAGCAACUACAUAACGAGGCCAUCGGCAACAGACAAGUCGGCUCGGAUCAGGACGGCUUCGGCCUCCUCUGCUUCUGUCUUCCUCUUCUCCUUCCUCUGGUGAUCUCCUCCUCCCUUGUAAUGGCAAUAGCUUGAUGAAUCCAUGGAUUGUAAUCCAAAUUGAUGAGGAAUAGGUCCUUGUGAGAAGAGUGCUGCUAACAUUGGGUCUGAUGUUAGCGUGAUGUGUGUUUGUGGAUGGAUAUGAUGCUACCAUGGUCUGUGUAAAAAACUGUUUUUGGUGUA